CAUGGCUUCCAGCCACACACCUCCAUCCUCCCAACCCAAACCGAGCGCAGCGCACGGACCGAGAUCUGCGCCCGGCAGCGGCGGCGAACUCCGGUGAACCAACCAUGGCCGUGGACCUGAUGGGCUGCUACGCCCCGCGCCGCGCAGACGACCAGCUCGCCAUCCAGGAGGCGGCCACCGCCGGCCUCCGCAGCCUGGAGAUGCUCGUGUCGUCCCUCUCCUCCUCCUCUCAGGCCGCCGGGGCUCACAAGGCCUCGCCGCAGCAGCAGCCGUUCGGCGAGAUCGCCGACCAGGCCGUCUCCAAGUUCCGCAAGGUCAUCUCCAUCCUCGACCGCACCGGCCACGCCCGCUUCCGCCGCGGCCCGGUCGAGUCGUCUGCUCCCGCCGCCCCCGUCGCUGCUGCUCCCCCUCCUCCUCCUCCACCACCGGCGCCGGUCGCUGCCGCCCUCGCGCCGACCUCCUCGCAGCCGCAGACCCUGACGCUGGACUUCACGAAGCCGAACCUGACCAUGUCGGCCGCGACGUCCGUGACAUCCACGUCGUUCUUCUCGUCGGUGACGGCCGGCGAGGGAAGCGUUUCCAAGGGCCGGAGCCUGCUCUCCUCCGGCAAGCCGCCGCUGUCUGGGCACAAGCGGAAGCCCUGCGCCGGCGGCCACUCCGAGGCCACCGCCAACGGCGGCCGCUGCCACUGCUCCAAGAGAAGGAAGAACCGGGUGAAGAGGACGAUCCGAGUGCCGGCAAUCAGCUCGAAGAUCGCCGACAUCCCGCCGGACGAAUACUCGUGGAGGAAGUACGGCCAGAAACCCAUCAAGGGCUCCCCUUACCCACGGGGCUACUACAAGUGCAGCACAGUGAGAGGAUGCCCCGCGCGGAAGCACGUGGAGCGCGCCACCGACGACCCGGCGAUGCUGGUCGUGACCUACGAGGGCGAGCACCGCCACACGCCGGGGCCCCUCCCGGCGCCACCCGCCGCCGCCGCCGUCGCCGCGAUGCCGGUGUCCGUCGCCGUGUCCACCGGCAACGGACAUGUCUAACCUAAUUAGCUCCAUAAUUUUUUUCUUCCUUUUUUUUUAGUUGCUUCUCAUCAAUCUAAUGAUGCGUGUAAAGAAGAAAAGAUUGUAGAAAGAGGACGAGGGAAACUUGAUGCUAGAGAAUUACCGUCUCCAGUUCGUUCUCAAAUCACAAUUAACCGUGAUAAAAAAAUCACAAUUAACUCCA